UCAUGUAGAGGAAAGUAGUCGUGAUUAUCUCAUGUUACAGUCUGUGAAUCCAGUUGUUGAAGAAUCUGAUUGCCUUAGUUCUAUUGGUCCUCUAGGUGAUAAAAGCUUCGAAUUUACAAAGCUGCAAGAAGAGCUUGCAUCAAUUAGUGCAGAAUGGAAAGAAAAAAACAGUCAAGAUAUCCACAGUUUACGAAUAAUGCUCAGACAAGCCAUUCAAAUAGAAAGGACAAGAGCUACAAGAGUUAAUAUCAUAGUUAGUAACACGGCUAGUAACAAUAUUUUAGAAGUAUUUUAA